AUGUGCUUUUGGAAUCUCGUCAGGGAAGUUCUUAGGUUUCAUGGUGUCUCAAAGAGGGAUCGAGGCAAAUCCAAAAAAGAUUCAGGCUAUACUCGCCAUGCGCUCACCGCGAAAUAUAAAGGAGGUCCAAAAGCUCACAGGACGAGUUGCAGCUUUGAGCAGGUUUUGAAAAAGGCCUUUGAAUGGACAACCACGGAGGAAAUAGCUUUCACCCAACUGAAGGAGUAUUUGGCAUCACCACCAUUGCCGAGUAGGACUCAGGAUGGAGAGAAUCUAUUCCUGUACUUAGCUGUCUCCCCUCAAGCCGUCAACACGGUUUUGGUUCGGGAAGAGCAGGGAACCCAACUCCCAGUAUAUUAUACCAGCAGGGCACUACGAGGAGCUGAGUUAAGAUACCCCAGAGCUAAAAAAAUAGCCUUUGCAAUGGUUAUAGCAGCCAGAAGGCUACGGCCAUACUUCCAAGCUCAUCCAAUCAAAUUGUUAAUGGACCAACCGCUUCGAAGAAUUCUCCACUCACCAGAGACGUCAGGCCGACUAAUUCAGUGGUCAAUAGAGCUUGGCGAAUUUGAUAUAGAAUAUAAACCUCGAAUUGCCAUCAAGGUCGACGGAUCAAUAACUAAAGAUGCAAGCGGAGCAGGCUUAAUUCUAACAUCCCCGAAAGGACAACGCCUUAGCUACGCGCUUAGAUUUGAGUUCAAAACAACCAACAAUGAAGCCGAAUACGAAGCCCAAGUGGUUGGAUUGGAGCUGGCAAGUGCCGUUGGAGCUAGCCAUGUGCUGGCCAAAAGCGAUUUACAACUGGUUGUGGGACAAGUCCUCAGGGAAUACACCGUCAAGGAAGAGAUCAUGCAAAAGUAUGUGGAUAAAGUAAAGGCUCAAGUUGCGAAAUUGCAAAGCUUCAAUAUUGUCAGAAUCCCAAGGGAGGAAAACAAUGAAGCAGAUUAUUUGGCAAAGCUGGCCAUGGCUAAGGAGGACGCUAUUCCACGGAAUACACCUGUAAGAUACUUAGAGUUGCCAAGUAUCGUCUCCCCAGAUAUACAAGUUCAGGCCAUCAAUUAUAGUGACUCAUGGACUGGUCCCAUAGUUGACUACAUAACUAAUGGGACACUACCAGGAGAUAAGGUCAAAGCCAGACAGCUUAAGAUCAGAGUUGCAAAGUACUUGAUGAUGGGAGAUGUGCUAUAUAGAAGGAGUUUUUCAUUACCUUACCUGAGGUGUCUCACCACAACGGAGUCUUUGCAAGCUAUGGAAGAGGUCCACCAAGGAAUAUGUGGGGAUCACCAAGGUGGCCGCAUGCUAGCUUACAAACUCCUCAGGUUAAGGUACUACUGGCCCAGCAUGCAAAAGGAUUGCAACUCUUUGGUACAAAAAUGUGAAAAAUGUCAACGCUUUGCAAAUAUCAUUCAUGGAUCACCUACGGUUUUAACCCCAAUGAAAGGACCUUGGCCAUUUGCCCAAUGGGGGUUAGACCUGAUUGGCCCGCUUCCCAUGGCUGCGGGCCAGGUCCAAUAUGCUAUAAUAGAUGUGGAUUACUUCAUAAAGUGGGUUGAAGUUAAGGCACUGGCCACAAUCACAGCGGAGGGAAUACAUGUGCAUUAUGCCUCUAAAGCUCAUCCAAAAGCUAAUGGGCAAGUCGAAGUUACGAAUCGCACCAUCAAAAAGGGGAUUAAGAAGAGGCUGCGAGAGGCCAAAGGAACCUGGCCGGACGAACUUUAUAAUGUGCUAUGGGCAUAUCGAACAACACCCCAAACUGCAACUGGAGAAACACCAUAUUCUCUUGCAUUCGGGGCAGAAGCAGUAGUCCCCAUUGAAGUGGAACUCCUCAACUACAGGACUACAAGCAUUGACCACCAAGAAAACCAGAAGGAUCUUAGGGCUGAGCUAGAUCUCUUGGAAGAAACAAGGGAAACAACAAUGGCCAAAAUAGCCGUUUACCAGCAGAGGAUGGUCAAGUACCAUGAAGCACAAGUUAGGCCAAGAAGCUUUCGUACUGGUGAUCUAGUUCUACGGAAAUUAGAUCCCACUGGGAAGAAAGUGGGCUAUCAGGUCCUACACCAUGUCAAAGCUGGUGCAUACAGGUUCGCAACCCUAAGGGGAAAAGAACUACCAAACUCAUGGAACGCAGAGCAUCUCAAGAAAUACUACAAGUAG